UUUGACAUUUAUGUCACAACAUACCAUAAAAUUCACAUCGUACGAUCUAAAUUCUCGGUGAAAACUCUUAUAAUGGAUUAUAGCAAAUUGAAGUAUACAUUGAAGAACCCCUAUCUGUCCAAAUUCCUAUCACCUACUGCAAAGAACCCUUUCAGCUUAAGUAUGUAUACAUCCCAAGCACCCGAGGUUAUUCCAACCUUAAUUAUUUCUAUUGUGGACAUGUGUUGGCUAGUUUAUAGUUGUAUUUACGGAUUACGUAGAACAGAUCUAGAUCUAACAAGAAAAUAUAAAAGGCACAAUGACUUGUACGAAUUGCUGAUUAAUCCUGUAAAUAGAAAGUUAUAUACGGAAAAUCAGACUUUCCCGCCAAAUCAAACGCUUUACGAUAUCUACAUGAACAUGCAGGAGAAAGAAGAAGAUCGAGAGAAGAGGAAGCAAGAGGAAUGCCCAAAAGAAGUUAAAUGUGAUCCGAUUAAUGAUCCACCAAAAGAGAAGUGAGAGGAUCGUUAAAGUGGUGAUCUAUGCUGAUUAAAUAUAAUAUUGACGUAAACUGCAUCAGCGAGGAAAUAUUUUAUAAUUUUUUUAUUUAGAAUAACUUUAUAAUCCAUUAUAAUAAAUUAAAACACACUUGUUAUUUAUUA